GUGCAUGAAAGCGUCUCAAGCUCUGCCCGCUUCAUCUGGAGGAGCCGCUUGUCAAUGGGGAGGAAUUAAAAAGGGGGAUAACGUUAAAUAACACGGGAAAGAAGAAACGGUAAUGGCAAGAAGUCCGUGAUGCUGGGGCAGGAGGAUAUAGUAGGCUGAAGAUUCGGAACGUCUUCUUUUAUUUAUUUAUUUAUUUAUUUUCAGAUUUUUUUUCCCGCAGGCAUCCGCUAUCCCUAAAUCAGUGAGCGAGGCGAUCAUGUCAUCAGCACCGAGCACAAAGCACUUUGUGUGUGAGAUUUGUUGUGCGGUGGCUUUUUUGCGAAUUGGCUGAAAACACAGCAAGUGCGGAACGGGAAAAAGGGUGUCAGAGAAAACGGAACAGACGGACAAACGGUGGUUGCAAUAAUGACCGACAGACAGAAGAGUGUUCACGGUGAGAGCGCAUUGAGCUUGGAUUUAUAAAAAGGACGCUACCGAUCAGAGGAGAGAUCCGCUCGCUUGCAUAUCUUCCCUGAGUCUAUUCAUGUAUUUUUUUCAGGGGAGGCGGGUGGACGCUGGAAUGCAUUUGAAAUUCAGAUGAUCACUCUGGAUGGGGUGGGGGGGAGAAGAACGACUGAAUAAAGUCGAGAUGUCGCACGGAUUGCUUUUCUUACCAAGUGAAGAAUGCCCAGAUCUGUUUUUUAAAUGCUCGGGUCAGGUGUUGGCUUGGCUACAAAUAAAAACCCAGCUGCUGCUUUCUGCAACACAGGAGGGGGGUUUGGAGCAGAACUAAAACGAUAUAUCGAUAAAUACAAAAAACGAGGAAGAUUUUCCCCAAACCCCCCAAACUAACCCCCGCCCCGAUCAUUUUUUUAAAAUUAUUUUAAAUCCAGUAUAGGAUGACAACAGUAUCGACGCAUCUGGAAAUCCUUUAAGGAAUAUGACGAGUCUUCACCGAAGCAAGCAAGAUCGAGAAAGGGAAUUAAAAAAUAGAUCUAUAUUCUUAUUCUAAAGCAGAGUGAUAAAGCAAACCCCCCCUAGCGGAUCUCACGUUUUUGAAGACAUCUGGAGGGCAGGCGAGGUGUGCUGGCUGGUGGGGUGGUCCCCGAGUAUCUCCUUCUCCAAUGAAAGCCUCCCAUCAAAAUGGAACGAUUCAAAGAAGGCAAAGCACCUGAAGCUGGCACUCUCAGAGUAUAACCUUGUUGUACUGCAGCUCUGCUUUCCAGAAAGAAGGCCAACUAACACUCCGGACUCCCAGCUUGAGACGAGGUGACACAUUUCACUUUUCGACUGAAGACGUUGCUGCUGUCAGUCUCCUUGCUUCUUCACAGGCCAGUGGUGUGGCACUCUCCAGACGUGGAAAUGUUUCCUGUCAUAUCUCUUUUGUGUGCCACUGUAGCCAGUGUGCCCAGAUUGUGCUGCAGGAGGAGGUCAGAUGUCUGCUUGCUCUGGCUAUCGAGCCUGGUUUUGAGACUCAUCCUCACAUCUUGUCAGAAGGGCGAUGCUAGCACUGGUGGAAAGUAUCCUGUGGUGACAACAAACUAUGGCAAACUACGUGGAAUCAAGAAGGAUCUCAAUAAUGAGAUUUUGGGGCCAGUGGAACAGUACCUCGGAGUGCCUUACGCUACUCCACCAGUGGGUGAAAGACGGUUUCAGCCUCCAGAGGCUCCUGGGUCCUGGUCAGAAGUGCGAAAUGCCACCCACUUUGCCCCUGUUUGCCCUCAGAACAUCCAUGGGGUACUGCCUGAGAUAAUGCUUCCUGUGUGGUUUACGGAUAAUCUGGAAAUAGUGGCGGGCUAUGUCCAGAAUCAAAGCGAGGACUGCCUGUACUUAAACAUUUACGUGCCAACCGAAGACGGUCCGCUCACAAAAAAACACGAUGAAUCCACGAUCAACAGCCCCCGAGACGAAGAUAUCCGGGACAGAAGGAAGAAGCCUGUUAUGCUCUUCAUUCAUGGUGGCUCUUAUAUGGAAGGGACGGGAAAUAUGUUUGAUGCCAGUGUGCUGGCCGCCUAUGGAAACGUCAUUGUCGUCACUAUGAACUACCGCCUGGGUGUGCUUGGGUUCCUAAGUACUGGAGACCAGGCUGCAAAGGGCAACUAUGGCCUAAUGGAUCAAAUCCAGGCCUUACGAUGGCUGAAUGAGAACAUUGGACAUUUUGGGGGUGACCCAGAGCGCAUCACCAUUUUUGGAUCGGGGGCUGGAGCUUCAUGUGUCAAUCUGCUCAUCCUGUCCCAUCACUCUGAAGGUCUGCUCCAGCGUGCCAUUGCCCAGAGUGGAUCCGCCAUCUCCAGUUGGUCAGUCAAUUAUCAGCCUCUCAAGUACACCAAAAGCCUAGCAAAGAAGGUUGGAUGUAACCUACAAGACACGACCGACCUGAUUGAGUGUUUGCGGAAGAAGUCGUACCGGGAGCUGGUGGACCAGGAUAUCCAGCCUGCCCGUUACCAUAUAGCCUUUGGUCCAGUGGUGGAUGGGGACAUGGUAACUGAUGAUCCAGAGAUCCUAAUGGAGCAGGGGGAAUUUCUGAAUUAUGACCUCCUUAUUGGUGUCAAUCAAGGAGAAGGCCUGAAGUUUGUCGAUGAUGGAGGAACAGAAAAUGAAGAUGGGAUCUCCGCAGCCGCAUUCGAUUACACCAUCUCCAACUUUGUCGACAACCUUUAUGGUUAUCCUGAAGGCAAAGACAUCUUACGUGAAACGAUCAAGUUCAUGUACACGGACUGGGCCGACAGAGACAAUGGGGAGAUGAGACGGAAGACGUUGCUUGCUCUUUUUACUGACCAUCAGUGGGUGGCACCAGCAGUUGCCACAGCUAAGCUUCAUGCCGACUACCAGUCGCCCGUCUACUUUUACACUUUCUACCACCACUGCCAAACUGAGGGCCGGCCCGAGUGGGCAGACGCAGCGCAUGGUGACGAGAUCCCUUAUGUGUUUGGAAUUCCUAUGAUCGGAGCCACAGACCUCUUUCCCUGCAACUUCUCCAAGAAUGAUGUGAUGCUCAGUGCUGUGGUCAUGACCUACUGGACCAACUUCGCUAAAACUGGGGAUCCCAACCUCCCUGUGCCUCAGGACACUAAGUUCAUCCACACCAAGCCAAACCGUUUCGAGGAAGUCAUCUGGACAAAGUUUAACUCCAAGGAAAAACAGUAUCUCCAUAUCGGGCUGAAGCCAAGGGUGCGAGAUAACUAUCGUGCCAACAAGGUGGCCUUCUGGCUGGAGCUGGUCCCGCACCUUCAUAACCUCCACGAAGGCCCUUACACCUCCACCACCCCACGCAUUCCAACUGGCUCCAGGCCGACAUGGAUUAAAGGCCCCAGCUCUAGCCGGCACCCCUACCCAACGCUGCCCAUCGAUGAUGACGAAAGGCCGGACCGCCCUCCCUACCCGCAGUUCCCUGGGGACACUCGGGAUUAUUCCACAGAGCUCAGCGUCACGGUGGCCGUGGGCGCCUCGCUGCUCUUCCUCAACAUUCUGGCUUUCGCUGCCCUCUACUACAAGCGGGAUAAGAGACACGAACUGCGGCGGCGCCUAAGCCCCCAGAGGAACCCAGCCAACGAUCUCGCCCACAGCCAGGAGGAAGAGAUCAUGUCCCUGCAGAUCAAGCACUCGGAGCACGAGACCCACGACUUGGAGCCUCUGCGGCCCCACGAGAUCCUACGACCUGCCUGCCCCCCGGAUUAUACGCUGGCACUGCGUAGGGCCCCUGAUGACGUGCCUCUAAUGACUCCCAACACAAUCACCAUGAUACCAAGCACUAUCACUGGCAUGCAGCCUCUCCAUGCGUUUAAUACUUACCCUGCCACUGGGCAUAAUAACACCCUCCCGCACCCGCACUCCACGACCAGGGUAUAGCCACUAGACUCCGACUUCAGAGACCCUUUAUUUCGUAUUCUGGAGGAUAUGUACAGGACCGCCUUUUUUAUCUGCAGACCAAAGCAGAUCUUUUCUGCUUUUUCUGGAACUUUUUUUUUUUUUUUGAUUUUCUGUUUUUUUUUUUUUUUGGCCAUAUAAAUUUUUAUUUUUUUCUUUCUCCCUGGUUAUACGUAUCACCCUGCCCCCCGACCCCUAUAUCCAUUAUGUUUUUGAGACCAGACCAGAUGAAAGAAAUAUUUUUGAAAAAAAAAUAUAUAUAAGGGAUCUAAACAAACAAACAAAAAAAAAAAAAACAUUGUGCUAGUGUUUGACAAAGGUUUUGACUUGUGCAUGUUUGCCAAAAAACAAGAUAAAAAACAAGAAUUUUGUAAAAAAUAAUAAUAAUAUUGAAGAGAUGCAUUUGGUAUCACCCGCUUUGUCUCCUUCUAGAUAAAGGCUUGUUAGGGACUGCAGCAGGAAACCCUUAUCUAAUUCUAAUUGCCCCCACAUUCUCUGGUGUUUUAGCUUUUCAUUUUUAAUCUUGUGCAUUGGUUUUUAUUCAUUUUAUUCUCUUUUUUUUCAGUUUCAGCAGCUACCUGUCUAUCAUGGACUGUUUUUUUUUCCAGAUUUGAGUUAAUUGGGCCCAAAAAUACACGGUAAAGGCGAGCCUAUCAUUUGGAUAGACCAGCAUUCUUGGUGCCAAGGAUUUUCAUUCCAGCCUUUACUUUUUUUCUGGGAAUGGUGGGGGGUGGGGGGGGGUGGUAUGUAAUGAUAUUCAGGCCAUAGAAUUAGCUGCAGAUUUUGUUUUUGAAGUGCCAAACUUAUUAAUCUUGUGUUUGUUUGUUUUUUUUCAUUCAAAAGAGGUAAAAAAAAAUAACAAAGGAUUGCUCUUGUUUUAAUAUAUGCAUGGAAAUAUUCUUAAAGGAGAAAAGGCAGGGAGUUAUGCUUCACUUUAAAUUAAUAACAUGGACACGUUUACUUCCCUCGAGGUUAAUCAAGUUAUGGUUGGGAAUUUUGAUUAUAUAGUUUGUUUUUUUUCAUAUUUGCUACCCAUUCUUGGCCAUUUUUAUGGCUUAGCUGAUGAAUGUUGGAUGAGAAUCAAAGGGCAACUGAACAGACUAAUCUAGUGUCCCUUAAGAUUGAUUUCAUGGUUACGGAAUAUGUAAUGAACGAGUACAAAAAAAUAUUUGGGAUGUUAAAAACAACACAUAAGCACGUGUGUGCACUUAUGUCAUUUCACAGUGUGCAGGUUUGGUUUGCAUACCAGAACAAGAGAUAUAGCAGAGCUCGAGAGAGUCCUUAGAAGAGCAAGUCGGCUGUUUCAGGACUGCAGGAUAAGCUAAAAAAAAAGGACUGGCCAAAGGAGCUGAAGGUUUUGAAUUUACAGUGUUUAAAAUGAGGAGAGGUCUUAGUAGGUGGGAUAACCACUGAUCGUCUAAAAUGAGCUCUUCACCCCAAAACUGGCUAAGGGGACAUUUCACACAAACAUCGACAUUUAUUUGCUUAGCAAAUCCUUUUAUCCAAAGCAACUUACAAAACAACAACAUUUAUUUCCAUAGCACAUUUUCAUACAAGCAUAAUUGUGUCUGUUAGAGGACAAGGGUACAAAGUUGAUCGCCACAAUGUAGUAAAGUCUUUCUUCACACAGAGACUUGUCACAUAGAAUAAGUUACCCAGUGCUAUAGAAGGUAAUAAAUCUCUUGAUUAAAUUUUGAAAUGUUAGGUGACUAGAAAAUAGUCUCCUUUGUGGUCCAGAAUGACCUGCUCUCGUCCAAAUUGUUGUGAUACUCUAAUGAUAUUUUUAUUAAAUAAACUAAAACCGCUGACCCACAAUAUACUUCUGGUGCCCCACGUGGGAAUGCCCGAAGUAGUGGAUGCAGCCAGGAAAAUAUCUAGGAACUUGCCAGGAAGACCACAAAAUGUCUACACUUGCAAAGCACAGUGAAGGGUCUCUGCCACUCUGAAUUGUGUAAGUGGGAACACAUGCAGGACAGAUCAUUAAGAAUUAUACUUUACCAGUAUACCAGCCAGCUGAACUGUAUGUCUGACAUGAUUUUCGGCCAAAAACAAAACAGUUCAAGAUGGCAAAAUUAACAAUGUCCAUUGUAUGAAAUAAACUCAUAAACGGCCUACCCUGACAUCAUCAUUCACAAGCAGGAGCCCAUUUUAGAUUGGACACCAGAAAAACUCAAUCACACACCUGCACUCACUCAUACUGGGAAAUCUUACUUUACACAACCCUUAGCUUUUUAUUUUUUUACCCAUAUACAUUAUAUAUAUACAUGCAUAUAAAAAAAAUAUUCAGAUAGAGAGAUCAUAGAGUGUUGGGAUCAUAUGGAAUUCCCUAUUUAUUGUCCAGGGAAUUAGAAAAAAAUAGCACAAAUACUAAAUAUGGCUUUGUAACCAAAACUUUUGUUUCUGAGGUGAGGUCCGAGCUCAUUGUUAGCUUCUAGCCAGCAUGCUCUUUAAACGGAGCAGGAGAUGGGGCUACCAAUGAUCUUCCUGAAGUGACAUCAGGAUACCUCUGGUAGGAUCUCCUCCAUUUUACGACAGGAAAUGGAAAAGAGUUUAGCGCCGGCAUCAACUUUUAGAUCAUCUUCCUGUUUCCCCUAACAACAACUUGUGAGUGAUUAUAUAUACAUACAGAGAAAAUGAAACUUUUCUUUAAUUCCUAAGCUUUCAGCUCCUAUCAGGAGUCAUCAUCAGAGGAAAACGGACGUACAGGAAUCCAAGGCAAUAUGUAGCAAAUAAGGAGUGGAAUGCAGGUGGAUGUAGA